AUGUAUCCAUUCUCCGAUGCCACCACUGUCACCUCGACAGGUACUCACACCUAUACCGCAGACUUCCCAAAGGAUUACUGCAUUGGCUCAGUUCCUCAUGGCGGAUACAUCACUUCUUGCUUCAUGCGCGUAGCCCAGCUGCACUUUGCUACCACCUUGGCCAAGCAAAAUCAACCGCAUACUAUGUCAAUGCAUCUGGAGUUCCUAAGACGUACCAGCAUUGGGCCUGCUCUAUUCAAUGUCAGAGAUGUAAAGAUAGGCCGAGGCACUUCAGUCAUUCAUGUGACUCUGUUCCAAGAAGGAGGCGAUCGCGAAGAAGUGGCUGCCUACAUUACGAACAGCAACCUGUCCACAGAAGAAGGCACUUCAUUUCCUACGGGGUGGAAACUGGAGCCUGCACCCCCUCACGCCAAUGUUGCCGCCCUGAAAGCCGGUACUGAUGAUACCUGGAAAGAACAGAAAUCCAUGCCUUUCGCCAUCUUCCGCCGUGCCAGUCAACACGUCAACUUCUACUUUCCUAAGCAAGGUCAGCGCAUGCGCAGUCUAGCGGACCAGUGGAUGUGCUUCAGCAACGGCGAACGGUUCACCAAUACUAGCUUGGGUUAUGUAUCAGACAUGUUCCCUCAAAUCCUUGAGAGCUAUCGUACGGGCAGCGAUCCCUACGCUGUUGAGCCCCUGCGUGACGCCAAGGAGAUCAAUGAGCUGGCCGCGCAGCAAAAAGGCUUCUCUUCUGCCUGGUAUCCGACCCUGCUGCUGAACCUCGACAUCAAGAAAGUUUUGCCCGAAGAGGGUGUCGAGUUUCUUUUCCUCAGAGUUCGCGCAAAGCAGAUCAAGAACGGCAGGUAUGAUUUGGAAGUCAUCAUCAUGGAUGACACUGGAGAUAUUGUCGCGCUUAGCCAUCACGUCUGCAUGGUCAUGUCGGCUCAAAGAAACCUGCAAGCAAGAUCAAAGCCAGCUGAAAAGCCGAGCAAGCUCUGA